AACCAUCGUACGCGUUCUUCUGUUUCCGCACGGAACUAUUAUUGUGAGUGACGCAUCAAGGCAGCGCUGCUAUCACUACAUGCGAAUUAUGAGCAAUCAAAAACUUUCAAACAAUCAUCAUUUAUUGGAUAUUUCUUUUAUUUUUGGUUCUUGUUAGAUCAUGAAUUUCUUCCGCAACCGUUUGGUGGUUUUGGGGCUGGUUUUACUGGCCACAGUCCUGCUGUAUCUGCUGCUACCCGCCAUGCGGCAGGGGAGUAUGGAGCCGUCAUUGGAGGUACAGCAGCGGAUGGGUUUGAGCGCCGCUUCUCCGCCUCCACCGCCGCCAUCGAGCACCAACAUCACGGUGAGGACCGGACAGCUGCCCGGAGACCCGCCGCUCUUCUUCAGGGAGGCUCUGCCUGUGGACAGCACUGGGAGACAGAUACUUCCCAGGCUUCAGAUGGUGCUGCUUCAUGGCCAGGCCUUCACCUCAAAAACCUGGGAGGAACUGGGCACCCUCGGCCUGCUGGCCACCAACGGGUAUCAAGCCCUGGCACUCGACCUACCUGGUUUCGGGAACUCUCCAGACUCUGAGUCGGUAAAGUCGGAUCAGAGCCGUGUGGAUCUUCUGAAGCGGUUUUUGGAAGCUCUGGGUGUCAGAGCUCCAGUGUUGCUGAGCCCGUCGAUGAGUGGUCAUUACGCCAUGCCGUUCCUGCAGAGACACAGUGCACAGCUGCAUGGCUUUGUGCCUAUCGCCCCUGUGGGCACGCGCGCAAUCACCCCACAGCAGUAUCGGGACAUACAGACUCCAACGCUGAUCGUAUAUGGUGAGUUGGACACCAAUCUGGGUGCUCAGUCCCAUAAGAACCUGAUUCAGCUGCCUCAUCACACCGUGGUGAAGCUGGAGGGAGCUCGACAUGCCUGCUACAUGGACAAACCCCACGAGUUCCACCGCGCCCUGCUCGACUUCCUCAGCAAACUCGACUGAGUGAUGGAGCAAGAGUGAAAGGAUACAUAGAAUGUGUGCAAAAGACUUUGAAAAAGAAAGAGAGAAAAUAAAUUGAUUAGAAAACAAAAACAGAACAUUUGCAUAGCUGAAGUAUAAAAUCAGACCUGAACUCUGUAGCCACAACACCUUUUCUAUUUUAUGGAGAUUGGUCAAACAUUCUAUUAGCCAUCCACAUCAACUCACCAGUAUUGUUUCACUUAGUGUACCGUCAAGUUAAACAUUACAAUUACAGUUUAUAACAAACAAAACCUUAGCAGUCUUACAGAGGGUUGUUCCUGUAACAUUGUUGCCAUGGUUUCCUGUCUGAGGGUUGUUCCUGUUACACAGUUGCCAUGGUUUCCUGUCUGAGGGUUGUUCCUGUAACAUGGUUGACAAUGUUUCCUCUCUGACGGAUGUCCCUGUAACACGGUUGCCAUGGUUUCCUGUUUGAGGGUUGUCCUUGUAACUUUGGUGCCAUGGUUUCCUAUUGGAAGAUUUUUUUCCUAUGAUGGUGUUUCCAUGGUUUCCGGUCUGAGGGUUUUUCCAUAAAGCUGUUGCCAUGGUUUCUGGUUUAAAGGUUUUUUUCUGUAAUGGUGUCGCCAUGGUUUCCGGUCUAAAGGUUGUUCCUGUAAUGGGGUUGCCAUGGUUUCCAAUCUGAGGGUUGUUUCUGUAACACAAUGUUUCCAUAGUUUUAUAUCUGAGCGUUGUUCCAUAAUGCUGUUGCUGUGGUUUCUGGGCUGAAGGUUGUUCCUGUAAUGGUGUUGCCAUGGUUUCAGGUCCAAAGGUUUUUGCUGUAAUGGUGUUGCCAUGGUUUCCGGUCUGAGGGUUUUUCCGUUAAAGUGUUGCCAUGGUGUCCGGUCUGAAGGUUGUUCCUGUAAUACAGUGUUUCCAUGGUUUUAUAUCUAAAGAGUUGUUUCUGUUGUUGCCAUGGUUUACAGUAUGAGGGUUGUUCUGUUAUGCUGUUGCCAUGGUUUCUGGUCUAAAGGUUUUUGCUGUAAUGAUAUUGCCAUGUAGGGCUGGGCAUGUAUCAAAUAUUUAUUGUCUUAUCUUGAUUUUGCUAGCGAUACAAAAUAAACCAGUAUCACAGAUAUUGCAAUGAUUUUAAUGCGCUUUUUAUUUGGGCAUUAUGUUUCCUAAAGAGCGCAUCAGACUAAUUUAGAAUAAUAAACUUGACUGGAAAUUAAUAAAUAAAAUUCAACAAGGUUCACAAGUGAGUUAAGUUGUAUUUUUGGCACACCCUGUUCAUUCCCAAAAAAAUGUUUUUGUAGUUAGUAGGUUAGUAAGUAGGUUAAUAUAGCUUUUUUUUUUUUUUUUUUUUUUUUUUUUGUAUUGGUGAAUAUAUAAAUUAUAUGUAUUAUAUUAUAAAAAUACUAUUCCUUCUUGUGUUGAUUUACUGAAAAACUGUGGAAACAUCAAGACUUCAUUAUCUUUAACUAGAUUUUUAUUUAAUUAAACAUUUUGAAUCUACUUGGCUACAAUGGCAGUGUAAUUGAAAUGAUGGCUCCUCUGAUUUAAAAUGACUUUUGUAUCAUUUCUGAGCAAAUACACAAGUAUCGAGAUAUAUAGACAAUAUAGAGAAUGUCGUCAAUAGGCUGAUGAAUAAUUUUUGAAGCCAUAUGGCCCAGCCCUGUGGCUAUGGUUUCCUAUCUGAGGGUUGUUUCUGUAACACACUGUUGCCAUAAAAUAUAUUGCAGUCACUUAACGGCCAAAAUAAAAUCAUGGCUAUUACAACCCCCUUUUAUAUAUGUAACUGGAGUCUCCAAUGCUACAGGAAAAUCUCAGAGACUGUUGGAAAAUGGCACUCUUUUUAACGUAAAGUUUCAUCUUACUGUGUUUGAGAGAAGUUCUGAGUUUUCACAACAGCAGCUGGCACAUACUGUAUUUACCAUCAAAUGUAGCAUGUGUAUAAGUUGCUGACUCGGUUUUUGGUUUUAGCAGCUCAAACAUGGUAACAAAUUGUAGUUUUGGACGCCUCUCAUGGCUGUAGAUUCAGUUUGUCACUGUAAAAAUGGUCUGCAGACUUAGACAGUAGAUUAUUUCUCACAAAAAAUGGAGAAAUUCCUGAGAUUACAGAAAAUAAAAUGAAAAAGUGUUCCGGAUAUUAUCAAAUUACUUAGGAAUUCACCUGUAUUAUUAUUAAAACGAGACCUGAAAAUGUUGGUGCCUCCCCCUUGCCCCGGCCAUAAUUACAUAUUUAUUAUUUAUUGCAUUAAAGCUUUUACAUGACAAA